GUGGCUGUAGCCAUGUCCGAGAUGCGGAGCAUUUUCCGCAAUGUAUCGCGGAUACACGAAUUGCACCCCGCAGACAAAUUCGUCACAAUCAAUCAGCAGUUCGUGGAACAUACCACACAUUUAGAAUUAAACCCAACCUGGGAAUGGUAUCCGAUACUUUCGUCACUCCCGUGCGGCUUGCAAGAAAAAAAUCGCCGAUGUCAUGAUUGGUGACGUUCGAUUUUAGUAUUACGAUAGUCGCGGGAGCUCUCAACGGCUGAAGUUCUCGACUCUGAACGUUCGCCUGUAAGCCUAUACAUAGCAUGAACUGGACUCGGCUCGUUAUUUUCUUCAGUCAAUCUGAUGGGUCUCGGGCAUGUUUACGAAACAACCGCAGCAUGGUGAUAAGCUUUGACAAGUGUGAUUUCAGUAGGCUGUCCGUGUGGUUAAUCACGACCACCUUAAUGAAGAUUUGGGUGAUCGGAACGAGCGUAGCUGUGCUUGCCCGAGGCGCGGGACAUAUAUUGGGCGCACCAAGCAAGCAGUGUUAUCGGAUGGGCUUCGAGAGUCUGGACCGUUGGCUUAGACCGUCUUGGGUAUGGGUAAUUCCCUGCUUAAUCCGUAAUUAUCGGUGCCAGGGCUUGGGUACUGGAUUGUGCGGAUUGGGAAUUUGCAAGUUUAAUUACUAUUCGGCCCUGAUUCGGACAAAGGAAUUUAUGCCAGCACAGAUGCUGUAUUUAAUAUUUAUGAUUGAGAUAUGGACGAUGGAGGAGGAGGGAAUGAUGGUACACGUGUAUGUAAAGGACCUCGUGCGCGGUGGGAGGGCUUACGCAUGUUUAUCUCGUGGAUAGUCUGGCGGAGUAAUAUAAUUCGCCUUGAAUGUCGGAGUAAAUAAACUGUGUUUGAAAAAAAAGCGGAUCAGAUGUCGUCUGACAGGUGAAUGGAAAAGCGCAGAUAGCGCAUCGGGACUGAUGCGGACAAACUAAAGACAAAAAUGCCAAUUCAAAUUCCGUGGGGGAAAAAUAGUGCAACCGGAAGUCCCACGAAUUGGUUUGUUGGGAAGAGUGAAUCCUAUAAUGCAAAAAAACUGGGAAAAGGGUUGACAACGAAAAAGAUGGCAAUCGAUAAAGUGUCACAGCCACAUUGAUAUUCGGAACGGACACGGGUGCUAUGUGAGUCUAGACUUGGCCAUG